AUUAGGCUACCCGUUCAAAAUAAACGGGCGGAUUAAUUCGAAGGGGUGGCAGGGCUUGGAAAAGAUAUAGUUGGAGAGACGAUGAAUGUUGUACUGUAGUACUACCCCUCACCCUCGUAUCCAAACUUCAUCGAGUAAGCCUCCGCCUCCUACAACGACUCGCCUUCACCCGCAACGUGGGUUACAACGACGAAGACGACAAGAAUGUCUAGGACGAUGACGACAGUGGAACGUCGGCCAGAUACAUCCGGUCAUCCCCGUGCUCGCGGUCGACGCAGAACGAUGUCGAGCGUCCGUACGAUAGCAUGAAAGUUCUUGGCUCUUUAGAUUAAUCGGUGAUAACGCGAUAUACGUGAAGUAAAUCAUUCAUCUUGCACUCGAGUUAGUGGUAUUGUUUAGUUUUUAUAACUGGUUUGCGUCGAUUUAUCAGUGGGGAUGAUGCAAGAACACAAGUCUUUUUUGAUAAGAGAUCUUUUGGGCGACGUUCUAGCGGAUCGAGUUCAAGAUUCCGAAGAUGAUUCGGCCGUUCAUUCGGAUUCCGAAGAUACGAUUGACCCUGGCAGUAGCCCUUGCACUCGACUAGGAAGUCCACCACCUGUUCUAUCGCCUCCACCAGGUCCGGCAACGUCCGGUAAAUCUUGCGGAACUCCUAGUGGUCCACCGAGUGGAAGAAAGCCACGAAGAAGACGAACAGCUUUUACACAUGCCCAACUUGCUUACCUAGAAAGAAAAUUUCGUUGUCAAAAAUAUUUAAGUGUAGCGGAUCGUAGUGACGUAGCAGAUGCAUUGUCUCUGUCAGAAACUCAAGUGAAGACUUGGUAUCAAAAUAGAAGAACGAAGUGGAAGAGACAGAAUCAGUUACGACUUGAACAACUUCGUCAUCAAGCAACAGUAGAAAAAGAACUCCUUGUAAGAGGCGUGGGUCUUCAUCAUGGUAGCAUAGAUGCCUAUUGUCCAUCUUAUAAUGCACAAACACAAGUGACGAACCAUGCACCUCCACCACCACCUCCACCAGCUCCAUCCACAGCAUCCACGGCAGCGUUCCUUUCGACGGCUGCUGCACUUUUUCGAAACGUCACAUACGUACAUGGUUGUCCACUCUAACGCGUACGAUAUUAUGAUUUAAAUAUCGUUUCAAAUCACCUAAUAGCUCCUACCUAACUUGAACACUCCUAUGAGCAACAGAUAAAAUUCGUGUGGAAGUAAAAACGGCGAGUCAAAGAAUUCCACUCGAUGUUUUCUUUUAUUAUCUUCAUCGCUGCAACAGACAGAGAGUGAUAUGACUUUAGUUGUAAAUUUUUAAUCGAUUAUAUUUUUAUUUACAUGUGAUCAAGAAAAUUCUAUUCUUUAUUUCACAAGUGAAAUAUU